UACUCUGAAAUAAAUCUCUGCUUAGAUUUCAUUUCUAUGCACAGAAUGCACACAUGAAAUAUCCAAAGUAAAAUAAAUAUUCUAAUAGGUAAAACAAAUCUCUGCUAAGGUUUCAUUCUUUUUAUUGUGUUUAUAAAGAUAUGGAUUUCUAUGAACAUCCUCAUAAUUAGUAGAUUCGUAGAAUUUCUUAAUCUCUUCGUGACAGGAUAACAAUAAAAUUCUUGCGCAAUAGAUAAAAAAACAUUCUGUCGAAAGUCUCAUCCGGUAUGUCGAGCCCGUUUAACACCUUGCUUCCGGAGAAUCCUCAACGAAAGCGUAGGGUCGUUUAAUCGUAAGCCGCAAUUGAUAAAAUGAUUCAUACAUCGGUCACAACUCGUUUCUUCAUCUCAAAACUCUAAUUAGUGCAGUUCGUAACUUUCACAUAUAAUUAUUCUGCUGCUUAGUAUUAAAACAGGAGGAUUCAAAUCUUAUGAAGAUAAUUAAAUCUGUGGAAAUUCACGAGGAGAUGACUGGAAUGCCGUAUUGCGUCAGAUAAUCAUUGAAAUGACUCUUAUAAUUCAAUUAAUCAAAUAUUAGCUCUAACUGAGAAUUAUGCAAAUUUGCAAGACCGGUGACCUUUUAGAAAUAUAUAUAUUAUAUGCAUUACAUGAAACACAGGUUUAAAACAAAUCUGAGUAUGUACAUAGAAACUACAAAAUACUUAGAGCAAGUAUAUAUUUCAUAGAAAUCAUAAAAGUAUUUAAACAAGCGAUUACUUAUUAUAUGUAUUAAUAAGACUAAAUACUUGGGAUCAUCUUUAACACUUACUAUAUUUAAAAUGAUUACACUAAUCUUUUACCAAAUAUAUUUUUCCAAUAAGUACCUUGAAAUUUCAUACAACUUCAGAUUGAUUUCCAAUUUUGCCAAUACAAUCAUGGCAAUCGUGCCUCAUUACAGUCCAAAUGAAAUUUCAAAAUGUAAUGUCAAUUAUGUAAUACGCACAAUACAUACAUACAUGUGUUCUAUGGUAAAAAUUGAAAGACUUUUGUGAGCGAUUGUACAUUAAAAUCUUCUGCGGUCGAGGAUUGUUUUGUACACGAAGUUUCUUAGUUAUUUAGUUUAUAAUUGAAUUAUCUCUUCCGGGAUAGCAUUAGCAUUUCUUCAAUCCAGGUGAAUGACCGCUGACACUAAUUUUUAGCGAAAGCCACGCCAUUAAGUGCGGAGCUUCAUUAAGUCCGCAGCGGCGUGGAAUCCUAAAUAAGAAUCAUUGUUAUUCAAUAUGAUAAUCGAACACGAACUGCUUAACGCAAUGGCGGUACAUUAACUACUUCAAUUAUAUGAAUUAUGAAAUGGAAAGUACACUGAUUGCAAAAGUAAAUGUAAUUAUAUUUUAACAUGAAAAUGAGCAACUUCCUUCUCAUUAAGUCAUAAACUUCCAUCUUAAGGAGUUAAUCUUCUUUGAAUGGUCGCUUUCCAGUAGAUUUUUUGCUGAUAAAAAGAUUAUAAAACGUAGAAACUAUUUAAUUUUUGUGUAUGUAUUUUAAUCAAAAUACCAAAUAGCUAAUAUCGGUAUUAUGCAAGAUAGAGAUCACAUCUGCUACAUUCUCAAAUUUCUAAACAGAUCAUAUUUCUGCUUACUAUACAGGGUAAAUAUUAUAUCAGUAAUUAAUUAAUUCAAAGGAAAUGCCGUCGAUUACAACGUGAUAUUAGAUCUGCCAUUAGAAACCAAUAGUGCCUCUGUAUUAAAACAGAAAUGGCUACACGUAUAUGUAUAUGUGCAAAAUGAAAACAGGAGACUGUAAUAAAGAUGAUUAACGGCAUUGCGUUUGAAUUACCUGUGCAAUUUAAAUCACAUUAUUUGAAUGUAGCGCAACUUUUGAAUUCUUUCAAAACCACCCAAAGUAACAUGGUAAUUAUCAAAUUAACUUUGAUUCUGUAGAAGUUAGAUUUAAUUCUAGCUAAUGCAUUUUAUGUGUGUAAAACAGAAAUCAACCCAAUUCCCAGUAGUUUCCAUAAAGUGUCGCCAAUCUGCAUACUUAGAAACUAUCGUAUUAAGCACAAGGAGUUUGAAGUUCUUAUAUCUUCUUCUAGUUGUUUGUCAAGUUGUCAGUACAGAUAACGAUCUCACGAUCUUCGUGAAAUUAUGUUUCUUCGUACUAUCUACAUUCUAAGAAACAUCAUCUCUUACGUUACAGAACGUUAUUGAGAUAAUUGCUUCAUAUUCAGAUAGCCAGAGCGGCUAUUAAUUGCGGAUCGUCCGACGUUUUGUUUUGUCGCGAGGACGAUUUAGAAAGUUGCAGCAAGGCAAUAAAGGCCUCGAGGAAAGUCGGCGGCACGCCACAAAAAAAUAAAGACCUGUUGCAAAAUCCUCCAGCAUUUUUCUCCAUCACCGUCGUGAGAGAUCCUUUCCUCCUUCGUAGCUCAUAAUUCACCGUUGAAAAGUCUCCUUUCACCCUCGACAAAGAUUCGUUCCCAAGAAACUUUUACUCGCUAGACAUCCGACGCUAGAAACCAUGUUUUCCUGGAACAUUCGCUAUCUGUUAUUUUUCCAUUAAACGAGGUCGCCUCGGAUAUUGAACUUCUUGAAUAUAAUAUCUUUUCUUUAAUUGGAUGUUAGGCGCUUCUCAAGUAGAAAAAUAUUUGGAUUAUUAUAUCAAGUAUAGAGAUCUGAUUGUUUUUUCUCUUUUUGUCCAGGAGCAACAAAUAUGAGGGCGAUAUGGUUUAUGUUGGUUCUCGUCGCCGUUGUGGUGAAUGCUCAACGCCGACUAGCCCUGCCUGAUCCACGAAGCUGUGCUAACCGAGUACGACAUGCUACUUAUAGGGACGCUAGAGGUGUUGCACAUUCAUACUUCUUCAGUUGGGAGCACCAACCGACUAGAAGCCUUGAAGUAGACUGGCUAGAUUCACGUAAUAUCUGUCGCAGACACUGUAUGGAUGCAGUUUCUCUUGAAACGCCACAAGAAAAUGAAUUUAUCAAACAGCGAGUAGCAAGAGGAAAUGUAAGGUAUAUUUGGACAUCUGGACGUAAAUGCAACUUCAAUGGCUGUGAUAGGCCAGAUCUCCAACCACAAAAUAUCAAUGGAUGGUUCUGGUCAGGUUCUGGAGCUAAGAUUGGUCCCACCACACAGCGUAACUCUGGAGAUUGGAGUCACACUGGUGGAUAUGGCCAAGCACAACCUGAUAAUCGUGAAGCUGCUCAGGGUAACGACGAGUCUUGUUUGUCGAUCCUGAAUAACUUCUACAAUGACGGUAUCAAAUGGCACGACGUAGCCUGCCAUCAUAGGAAACCAUUUGUCUGCGAAGACAGCGACGAACUUUUGAAUUUCGUGCUUUCCAGAAACCCUGGCAUUCGCCUUUAAAAGCUUCUUUUUAUAGCUUCUGUGAAUUCUUGAAUGUUCAGUACCUAAGAUCUCUUGAUCAACCAAGAAUAGCAAGGAACUUUUCUAUUUCUUGACUUUUAAUUUAUAUGUCAUUAUGUAUCCAUUAUAAUUAAAAACUAAAUUAAAUCUCUUCAUUCA